AUGGAGAAUGGGACACCUCUGAUCCUUAAGAUGGAGGAUUCGCAUCACCUCCCUCUGGAAAAGCAUCCCAGCCCAGCAGCUAACGGCAACAAGGAAUCAGAUGAAAGCUCCAACCCCGAGGAGGCUGUCUUCAGUUGGGAUGAAUACCUGGAAGAGACAGGCUCUACAGCAGCUCCACACUCCUUAUUUAAGCACGUGGAAAUCAGCCUUCAGAGCAGUUUGCAGCCUGGUAUGAAACUUGAAGUGGCCAACAAGCACAACGUGGACACCUACUGGGUGGCCACUACCAUCACCACCUGUGGCCAGCUGCUGCUGCUGCGUUACUGCGGUUACGAAGACGACCGCCGCGCUGACUUCUGGUGUGAUGUGAUGACCGCUGACCUCCACCCUGUAGGCUGGUGCACGCAGAACGGGAAAGUGUUGAUGCCCCCGGAUGCUAUCAAAGAGAAAUACUCGGACUGGACGGAGUUCCUCAUACGUGAUUUGACAGGUUCCCGAACAGUGCCUGCAAAUUUACUAGAAGGCCCUCUGCGAGGGAAAAACGCUAUAGAUCUCCUUACCCUGGAUUCCUUAAUAGAGCUGCGGGAUAGCCAGAGUCCCUUUCGGUUCUGGAUAGUGAGCGUGGUUGAGAAUGUCGGCGGACGAUUGCGCCUUCGCUACGCAGGAUUGGAGGAAACUGAUUCUUACGACCAGUGGCUGUUUUACUUGGAUUGCAGACUUCGACCGGUGGGCUGGUGUCAAGAGAAUAAAUACCAGCUGGAACCACCUGCAGAAAUCUCUUCGCUGAAGACUGCGUCUGAAUGGCGAACAGCGCUAAACACGGCUCUGACCGAGGCAGAAAAACGUUCCCUUCCCAUGGAAGUCUUCAAGGAUCACGCCGAUUUGAGGAACCACUCGUUCACGGCAGGGAUGAAGUUGGAAGCAGUGGAUCAACAAGAACCAAUCGCGAUUUGCCCGGCUACUGUAACUAAGGUUUUCAACCACCAUUUUGUGCAAGUCACUCUGGAUGACCUCAGCCCCGAACCAUGCAACACGUCGAUGCUUUGCCACGCCGAUUCCCUGGGCCUCCUGCCAGUGCAAUGGUGCCUUAAAAAUGGAGUUCAUCUCACCCCUCCCAAAGGUUAUUCUAAUCUGGAUUUUGACUGGGCGGAUUAUCAGAAGCAGUGCGGAGCGGAGGCAGCUCCUGAGGGCUGCUUCAGAAAUGCAUUCUGUAACCGAGCUUUUAUGAAAAACAUGAUGCUUGAAGCAGUGAACCCCCAGAAUCUGGCCGAGAUCUGUGUGGCAGCUGUCACUUCCGUAAAAGGCCGGCUAAUGUGGCUCUCUUUUGAAGGUCUACCUCACGCACCUCCUUCCGAAUAUAUAGUCGAUGUGGAAUCGAUGGACAUCUUCCCCGUGGGCUGGUGCGAAGCAAACGGUUACAAGCUCUUGGCACCGCAUAAAAACCCCGCGCAAAGAAAGAGAAAGAUUGCAAUCGUCCAGCCGGAAAAACAGUUACCUGCCGGAGUGCCUAUAGUGAAAAUUCAGAAUCCUCACUGUUUUCCCCAGAUGGACAUGACGGGGCCCAUCAAUGGGAGAUACAACUGCCCCGUGCUCUUCAUCAACCAUCGCUGUUUCUCAGGCCCACAUCUCAACAAAGGCAGAUUGGCAGAACUGCCACAGUCUGUUGGGCCAGGGAAAUGCGUUCUGGUUCUUAAAGAGAUGCUUCGUAUGGUGAUCAACUCUGCCUACAAACCCAGAAGCAUUUUGCGAGAGUUGCAACUUGUUGAUGACCCCCGGUGGAACUUUCAAGAAGAGAAUCUCAAAGCAAAAUACCGAGGGAAAACGUACAGGGCAAUGGUCAAGAUAGUUCGGACGUCUGACCAAGUCUCCAAUUUCUGCCGGAAGGUGUGCGCGAAACUG